GGAAAAAUAUAGAGUUGGGGGCCUAAUAGUUUGAAGUGUGAGGAAAAAUAUAGAGUUUGGGGCCUAAUAGUUUAAAGUGUGAGGAAAAAUGUAGAGUUUGGGGCCUAAUAGUUUGAAGUGUGAGGAAAAAUAUAGAGUUUGGGGCCUAAUAGUUUAAAGUGUGAGGAAAAAUGUAGAGUUUGGGGCCUAAUAGUUUAAAGUGUGAGGAAAAAUAUAGAGUUUGGGGCCUAAUAGUUUGAAGUGUGAGGAAAAAUGUAGAGUUUGGGGCCUAAUAGUUUAAAGUGUGAGGAAAAAUAUAGAGUUUGGGGCCUAAUAGUUUAAAGUGUGAGGAAAAAUAUAGAGUUUGGGGCCUAAUAGUUUGAAGUGUGAGGAAAAAUAUAGAGUUUGGGGCCUAAUAGUUUAAAGUGUGAGGAAAAAUGUAGAGUUUGGGGCCUAAUAGUUUAAAGUGUGAGGAAAAAUAUAGAGUUUGGGGCCUAAUAGUUUGAAGUGUGAGGAAAAAUGUAGAGUUUGGGGCCUAAUAGUUUAAAGUGUGAGGAAAAAUGUAGAGUUUGGGGCCUAAUAGUUUGAAGUGUGAGGAAAAAUAUAGAGUUUGGGGCCUAAUAGUUUGAAGUGUGAGGAAAAAUGUAGAGUUUGGGGCCUAAUAGUUUGAAGUGUGAGGAAAAAUGUAGAGUUUGGGGCCUAAUAGUUUAAAGUGUGAGGAAAAAUAUAGAGUUUGGGGCCUAAUAGUUUAAAGUGUGAGGAAAAAUGUAGAGUUUGGGGCCUAAUAGUUUGAAGUGUGAGGAAAAAUAUAGAGUUUGGGGCCUAAUAGUUUGAAGUGUGAGGAAAAAUGUAGAGUUUGGGGCCUAAUAGUUUAAAGUGUGAGGAAAAAUGUAGAGUUUGGGGCCUAAUAGUUUAAAGUGUGAGGAAAAAUAUAGAGUUUGGGGCCUAAUAGUUUAAAGUGUGAGGAAAAAUAUAGAGUUUGGGGCCUAAUAGUUUGAAGUGUGAGGAAAAAUAUAGAGUUUGGGGCCUAAUAGUUUGAAGUGUGAGGAAAAAUGUAGAGUUUGGGGCCUAAUAGUUUAAAGUGUGAGGAAAAGUAUAGAGUUUGGGGCCUAAUAGUUUGAAGUGUGAGGAAAAAUGUAGAGUUAGGGGCCUAAUAGUUUGAAGUGUGAGGAAAAAUGUAGAGUUUGGGGCCUAGUAGGUUCUAUUGUGAGGCAAAAUAUAGAGUUUGGGGCCUAAUAGUUUGAAGUGUGAGGAAAAAUGUAGAGUUUGGGGCCUAAUAGUUUAAAGUGUGAGGAAAAAUAUAGAGUUUGGGGCCUAAUAGUUUAAAGUGUGAGGAAAAAUGUAGAGUUUGGGGCCUAAUAGUUUAAAGUGUGAGGAAAAAUAUAGAGUUUGGGGCCUAAUAGUUUGAAGUGUGAGGAAAAAUAUACAGUUUGGGGCCUAAUAGUUUGAAUUGUGAGGAAAAAUGUAGAGUUUGGGGCCUAAUAGUUUGAAUUGUGAGGGAAAAUGUAGAGUUUGGGGCCUAAUAGUUCGAAGUGUAAGGAAAAAUGUAAGUUGUAAUGGAUUUGCAAAUACAGAAAUUUUUUUAAGGAAAAAGAAGUUGGCAUUAAUACUAAAUGUCUUUUGCCCAGAAGCUGGCCGCUUGGAGUGCCUCUGGUGAUGCUGUUAGAAGGGCGAUGAUGUCUUCAGGCCGGAGCCCACCCGCCUGUGCCUGCGCUUGGAGACGGAGACGGGGGUCCCAGGGGAGGCAGGCAGGCAUUUUCUGUCCCCUUUCCGUGGCCGUGGACAGACGGGAUCCCUUGGAAGGACCGCACGGGAGAGACCCCUCCAGAAAGAAGGUCCUGGCGCUGGCCCGGCUCCUGCUCAGCCUCCAGAAACACCAUGAAGCGACUGGUGCAUUACCAGUGCUGCACAUGGAGCGAAGGGGUGGAGCUCCCACCAAUCCAGCCAACGACCACCUACCACAGGGUCAGCAGCCGCCCGCUGGAGCGCCCGUCCCCGCUGCCGCCGCCUGUCCCUGCCCACCACCACCACCCCGUGGCACCGGCCGGGCCUCGUCGUGCACGCUGGGAGCCGGCCGCCCACCGUGCCGACGAGGCCCGCGCCAGGAAGACCGGCCUGGCGUUCCAAAAAUUAGAGGAGGCUGCCUGGCGUAUUUAUAGAGACCACCACGAGCGGCAGUGGGCGGCGAUGAAGGAAGGCCGGUGCGACGUGGUGGCUCUGCGCGAGGCCCAGCGGACGGCCCUCGUCGCCCUCUUCCGACGCUUCCUCUUCUUUGAGUUGCCAAGGCUCAAGGUGCACUCCCGGCGGGCCCGUGACGCCCAGGAGCGGCUCUUGGCCCUCCUGGAAGCUGAGGUCCGCCGGGGGUGCCCUUGGAGGAAGAUCAGCUUAUUAAUCCAACGGGCCGAAGAAGAGGAGGCGGCGGAGGAGGGCGGCGAGGAGGGCGAGGCGGCGGAGGAGGAGGUGCAGCAACACCCGCCCUCGCCUCCCCGCCUCGCCACCGUCCGCCUGUCACCACCCUGCCAGCCUCGGCCACCACCUCCCCGGCCUUCCUUCACCGCCGCCCAAGCUCGCCGCCGCAGCCUCCUCGGACGCCAGGCCAGGGCCACCGUGGGCAGGGACCCACACCAAGGCGGCGGCAGUGGCAGCGGACAAGGCCUCCAGCUGGCGGUCAUCGGGAAGGCCCUUCUGAAGAGGCCGUGAGCCCCCCGCCCAGCUCCAACGGCGAGGGUCCGGAGGGGAGGCCGGGGGUCGGGCCGGAUCUUGGGGCGGACACAAGGGGUUGGUGGCGCGCCCCUCUCCACAUCUGCUGCCGGGGCCCCUGAAGAACGUGGUGCCGCUCCACCUGCUGAGCACCACCACCAGACCCAGACGCAGGCCGCCGGCCAGGCCAGACCCCCACCAAGAUGGCCGCCCCCACCCCUCCGCCACAACCUGGUGCAGACGUGCUGGCAGGACAACCCCACGGUGCGCCCCUCCCUCCCCGAGGACCUCCACCCCACUUCCCGUGAGGCCUCCUUCCUGGACAGCGAGGAGGAGAACAAGCCGCCGGAGACGGAGGAG